CUGCCCAGCUAAACAAGGCAAUGGAAAUGAUGGUGACGUCAACGAGCUUGAAGAAUUCGAAAAGUUCUGGAACAAAAAAACACUGGAAUAUUCUUUCUUCAGCAAAGAAAUGCAAGCCUUAAUGAAAGAAAAACGAAAUAUCAACGGCGACAUUGUGUUUGUUAUCGACGGCUCUGAUGGAGUAGACGAGAACAGCUACCGACAGACCCGCAACUUUGUGGUCGAGUUCAUCAAAUACUUCACCGUAGGAGAGAAAUCUGCAAGGUUCGGUGCUAUUUUGUUUGGAGACGAAUCCAGAAAAAUUUGCGGUCUGUCGAAAUUCAACAACAACAAAGACAUUGCAAAGGAGAUCUACCUAUCCCAAAGAAUAAAUUUCAGCCCAGACGUCAACACACACCGUGCCCUCGAUCUGGUUAUAGAGAGCGAAAUAUUCGGGAUCGAGGCUGGAGGUCGCUCUGACGCCCCGGAUAUUCUCAUUUUGAUUGGUGGAGGCAAAUCUUCAGAAAAAGAAGAGACUCUGUCUGCAGCCAAACGCCUAAAGAGCCGAGGUAUCACCAUCAUAGCUAUCUCAGUAGGGGGUGAAGGCAGCAAGGAGUUUGCAGGACUCUCUACAAGCCCGAGUGAUUUCUACAGCGUCUCGUCUUUCGGCGAACUGUUAACCAUCAUUGUCAAAAUAAUCGAGCGUACGGUCAAAGAAACUCUUGCUAACGAAGAAUCGUACUCGUCCAUGGUGGACCUGUUCUUCCUGAUGGAGUCCGGCACUAGUGUGGGCAGCAGCAACCACAGGAAGGUGCUCGAGUUCUUCUCCGGCCUGGUCAAGCCCUUCAGUGUGGGGGACAGGGGCGCUAGGGUGGGGGCGCUGCUCUACAGCGACAGGGCGCAGAAGCUGUUUGACCUGAAAACUCUGGGAACCAAGGAUUCAAUCGUCAAGACUAUCCUGAACGCCCCCUACCUCGGUGGACGUGCCAACAGUUACGUCGCGUUCAACAAUCUGCUGAGUGUGUUUACGAUCCAGUCUGGCGGUCGUCUGAACGCUAAGCGAGUCGUCGUUUUCUUGACCGACGAAAAAACGGAUAAAGAUUCAUUAACUCGCAAGGCGGCGCUGCUGGUGAAAAACUUUGGUGUCAUCGUGUUGGCUAUUGGGGUGGGGGAUGUGGAGAUGACGUUUCUCCGGUCAGUGGCCAGUAGCAGCUCCGAUGUGUUCUGGGUCACGGGCUUUGAUGAGCUGGCCAGCAUCAGGUGGGCCAUCUCACACCAGAUCUACUACAUUGUGUCAGAGUGCGAAGAAGAACUGCACCAAAAGGAGAUUCCCGAAAAGCAAGAGAUUCCGAAAAUGCCAGACACCAAAGUUAAGCUGCCACCACCCGUCCACCCGUGCCGCAUCAAGGCGGACGUCAUCUUCUGUCUCGACUCCUCCGGCAGUAUCGGCCCGGGCAACUACCAGACGAUGCUCCAGUUUGCUGCCGAGCUGGCCUCAAACUUCCCGCUGGGGAAAGACCUCGCUGCCAUCGCCUGUGUCGUCUUCAGUAACGUCGCCAACAGACGAUUCGACCUGGGGGAUUACACGUCAGUCAGUGAUGUCACUGAGGCCCUACUGCUGACGCCUUACCUGGAGUCAACGACCAACACACACCUGGCCUUCCAGCUCAUCUCUAAUCUCGACAUGUUCGACUCCGAGUCAGGCGGUAGAGACGACGCAGCAAAAAUCGUUAUCUUCAUGACCGAUGGUCAAUCCACCCACCCAGAAUUGACUGUAGAAGCAGCCCAGCGCCUACAGCUUCAGGGUGUCAACAUCUUCUCUAUCGGCAUCGGCAACUACACGCUGAGUGAGCUCAUCAGUGUGGCCAGUGACCCCAGGUACGUCUUCACGGCCUUGGACUUCAAGUUCCUGGACAAGGUCAAGGAGAAGGUCGCAGAAAAAGCUUGCGAGGUACCAAAAGAACAGAAGCCUACAAACUUUGCGAAAUUUGCCUCAUUUAAUGAAGAGAUAUGACACGAUUAACUAUGGCUGUAAAAGAAGUCGAGUAAUGCUUAGGCUAUCCAUGAUACAAGUUAUGGAUUACUUUCAUACAUUAUUUAACUUUAAAUAAAUACAUUAUUUUUAAAAAUCUAAAGAGAUAACUCUAUAUAGGCCUUAAAAAUAUCUACUCUGUUCUCAUUCUUUA